AUGGCUUCAGUGGCAGUUGCAUCUCUUGAAGCUGAGCUGAACAGAACUAGGUCACAGAUCACUCUUGUUCAGAUGAAGGAGAAAGAAGCAAAAGAUAAGAUGGUGGAGCUUCCCAAGCAACUACAAGAGGCAGCUCAAGAGGCUGAUCAGGAAAAGUCACUUGCUCAAAUGGCUCGUGAAGAUCUAAGGAAGGCAAAGGAGGAAGCAGAACAAGCAAAGUCUGGAGCAAUUACCAUGGGAAGUAGACUGCUUGCAGCUCAAAAGGAGAUGGAGGCUGCAAAGGCUUCUAAGAAGUUGGCAUUAGCAGCUAUCAACGCACUGCAAGACAGUGAAUCAACUAGAAGUACAAAUGACGAGGGUUCACCAGCUGGAGUAGCAAUUUCUGUAGAGCAGUACUAUGAGCUCAGCAAGUGGGCCUACGAAGCAGAGGAGCAGGCCAACAUGAGGGUGGCUGCUGCCCUAUCCAAAAUUGAGGUGGCCAAAGAGUGUGAGUCGGAAAUCUUGACCAAGGACGGGAAAUUGGGUGUGGAACGAGAGUUGAGAAAGUGGAGGAGGGCUGAACAUGAGCUAAGGCGAGCUGGUGUAGCCAUUCAAGGAGUGGCAAAGCCAGCUAAGAGUCCAAGAACAAGCUUUGAGUUUGAGGAGAGAAAAGAAUCAGAGAGUUUUAACCAUUCACUAGAUGUUGCUGUACCUCAGGAUUAUAUGCCGAACCCAAAGGCAAAUGUUCAGGGAAGCUACACUGAAACUGAUUCUUCCCCAGAAGUGAAGGUUACAAAGAAAAAGAGGAGAUCAUUUUUCCCACGAUUUUUCAUGUUCUUGGCCAGAAGAUAG